AUGGCAAGAACCAAACAGACAGCCCGUAAAUCUACCGGAGGCAAGGCUCCAAGGAAGCAGCUCGCCACCAAAGCUGCGCGUAAAAGCGCACCGGCUACCGGUGGAGUGAAGAAGCCUCACCGUUACAGGCCAGGUACCGUGGCUCUAAGAGAGAUCCGUCGUUACCAGAAGUCCACUGAGCUGCUGAUCCGCAAGCUGCCCUUCCAGCGUCUGGUCAGAGAAAUCGCUCAGGAUUUCAAGACCGAUCUGCGUUUCCAGAGCUCUGCUGUCAUGGCUCUUCAGGAGGCCAGCGAGGCUUACCUCGUUGGUCUGUUCGAGGACACUAACCUGUGCGCCAUCCACGCCAAGAGGGUCACCAUCAUGCCCAAGGACAUCCAGUUGGCUCGUCGUAUCCGUGGGGAGCGUAACGGCAUCACGAAUCACGUUCUCCAGGAACACCUUCAACACACCACGGGUCUCCUCGUAUAUGAGGCCGGAGAUACGCUUCACACCACCACGGCGAGCCAGACGCCUGAUUGCAGGCUUGGUGAUCCCCUGGAUGUUAUCACGAAGAACUUUACGACGUACUGUGAUCAUUUAAUCAUGAGUGGAAGAGGAAAAACCGGAGGCAAGGCAAGAGCAAAGGCCAAGACUCGGUCAUCCAGGGCUGGACUCCAGUUCCCCGUCGGCCGUGUGCACAGGCUGCUGCGUAAAGGCAACUAUGCCCAACGUGUCGGUGCUGGUGCACCGGUCUACUUGGCUGCUGUGCUCGAGUAUCUGACCGCUGAAAUUCUUGAGUUGGCCGGUAACGCUGCCCGUGACAACAAGAAGACCCGUAUCAUUCCUCGCCAUCUGCAGCUGGCUGUGCGUAACGACGAGGAGCUGAACAAGCUGCUCGGUGGUGUGACCAUCGCUCAGGGUGGUGUGCUGCCCAACAUCCAGGCUGUGCUGCUCCCCAAGAAGACCGAAAAGUCCAAAGUAGCAAUGGCAAGAACCAAGCAGACAGCCCGCAAAUCCACCGGAGGCAAGGCCCCGAGGAAGCAGCUCGCCACCAAGGCUGCGCGUAAAAGCGCACCAGCAACCGGCGGCGUUAAGAAGCCUCACCGUUACAGGCCUGGCACCGUGGCUCUGAGAGAGAUCCGUCGUUACCAGAAAUCUACUGAGCUGCUGAUCCGUAAACUGCCCUUCCAGCGUCUGGUCAGAGAAAUCGCCCAGGACUUCAAAACUGAUCUGCGCUUUCAGAGCUCUGCUGUCAUGGCUCUUCAGGAGGCCAGCGAGGCUUACCUCGUUGGUCUGUUCGAGGACACCAACCUGUGCGCCAUCCACGCCAAGAGAGUGACAAUCAUGCCCAAGGACAUCCAGUUGGCUCGUCGUAUACGUGGGGAGCGUGCUUAA